GAUGUGGUAUAUUUAAUUAACUUGCUUACCUUUUUUUCAUGUGUUUUAUUUCAGUUGGUCGUAUUAUGUUUCAGCUCUUCUCAGACAUAUGUCCAAAAACAUGCAAAAACUUCCUUUGCCUAUGCUCAGGGGAGAAAGGCCUUGGGAAAACAACUGGGAAGAAGUUAUGUUAUAAAGGUUCUACAUUCCAUCGUGUGGUUAAAAACUUUAUGAUUCAGGGUGGGGACUUCAGUGAAGGUAAUGGAAAAGGUGGAGAAUCAAUUUAUGGUGGAUAUUUUAAAGAGAAUGUGGUCUUUUGCAAAAUGAAAAGGUAAGAGAACGAAGCUCAGUAACACAAACUCCAAUUCUGUUCCCUUGCACCCUUCCUAAUAAAUUUAUGGACAGUCUGGGUCAGGUUGUGGCUGGAUUUCUUAAUUUUCUUGAAGACUUGGAAAAUUCUGUAUACUAUUUCAUAUAUGAAUCUGUAUCUUUUUUCUUUUCCCAAUGGGUUGUUAGUUCCACAUCAGGGAAAAGAAUCUAGCUGUUUUUUUUUUUUUUCCUAAACCAAGCGAUUUCUUUCGUAGAAAAAGUUGGUAUUUUCUCAAAGGUUUGUAUGUUUUCUUUUGUAUACUAGAACUAUAUGAUUGUGUUUUAUUCCUACAGUAGUAACAUUUGUAUAAUCUAACUAUUGCACUUGCCCCAAAAAGCCUUAGAAAAGUCAGUUGCAGAGAUUUAUAAUGGGAACCAAUAUUACUAGGUUUUAAUGCUAUGAUAGCUUCAGUGUUAUAAUAGUCUUUUAUAUUUCUUUUGGGGGAAAAUGGAUUACUACUCUUUUUCAGAAGCCUGUUCCCAAGAUGAAAACUUUAUUCUCAAACAUGACAGAGCGUUCCUUUUGUCAAUGGCAAAUCGAGGGAAACAUACCAAUGGUUCCCAGUUUUUCAUUACCACAAAACCUGCUCCGCACCUGGAUGGGGUCCAUGUUGUCUUUGGACUAGUUAUUUCCGGUUUUGAAGUAAUUGAACAAAUUGAAAAUCUGAAAACUGAUGCUGCAAGUAGGCCUUAUGCAGAUGUGCGAGUUAUUGACUGUGGGGUGCUUGCCACUAAAUCAACAAAAGAUGUUUUUGAGAAAAAAAGGAAGAAACCAGUUCAUUCAGAAGACUCGGAUUCCUCUUCCAAUUCCUCUUCCUCUUCUGAAUCAUCUUCAGAAAGUGAAAUUGAACAUGAGAGAAGCAGAAGAAGGAAACGUAAGAGGAGGCCAAAAGUUAAACAUUCUAAAAAGAGACGAAAGGAAGCAAGCAGUUCAGAGGAGCCAAGGAAUAAACAUACAAUGAGCCCGAAAGGUCACUCCGAGAGGAGUGAUACCAAUGAAAAAAGGGCAGUUGAUUCAAAUGCUAAGAGGGAAAAGCCUGUGGUUCGCCCAGAAGAGAUUCCUCCAGUGCCUGAGAACCGAUUUUUACUGAGAAGAGAUAUGCCCCUUGUCGCGGUGGAACCUGAACCGAAGAUUCCUGAUGUUACACCCAUUGUAAGUGAUCAGAAACCAUCUGUAUCAAAGUCUGGACGGAAGAUUAAAGGAAGGGGCACAAUUGUAUGUGUGUUACGACUUUUCUUUUUUCAAAUUACUUAUCUAAGCAGUAAAAUAUUUUUACCUAUAGGCAAAAUCCUAACUUUAAUUUUAGGUAUAAUCCAAAAUCUGUUCAACGAGCUAGUUGUAUUCUCUAUAGUUAUAGGAAGGUACUGCUAUUAGAUCAAAGUUUACUGCUGUGUUUGAAUGGGUUUAAGUAUGAAAUGCACACGUGAAACAAUCAGUGAGUAUGUUGAGAAAUCUUAGUAUGUUGAAUAAUCUAGGUUCAUGAGUGAACCAUUAGGACUUCAAAGAGGAAAGUCUUAUGUGUGAUUACAGGUGAAUCUCAGCCUUUCCCAUUUUUUUAAA